AUGGCCUCCACCACCUUCCCUCUUCCCGGCGUCACCCAUGGUAAACGCAUCCUCGCCAGCGUUAUCGAGGCUCGAGCCCAAGAGGGCCCUCGCACUGAGUCCUGGAUCUCGCUGCCUGUUAACGACAAGGACCUCUCCGCCGGGUUCCGAGACGUCAGCUUCUGGCAGUUGAACAACGCUGCAAAUCACGCCGCUCGCUGGCUCAAUCGAGCUCUGCCAGCUACAACCGAACCAUUUCAACCCUUCGCGUACGCUGGGCCUAAGGACCUGCGAUAUGCUGUUCUAGCCGUUGCGGCAGCAAAGGUGCAGAAAGUGAUGGUUUUGCCGUCUCCAUUGAUCACGGCGGAUGCGCAGCUAAGAAUUCUAGAGAAGAAGAACUGCAAACUGUACCUGAGGCCCGCGGAGAUGGCCGUACCUGUGGAUGCGGUCCUGAAGGGAGUGUCAGAUGUGCAGACAAUCACAGCUCCUGGCUCCGAGGAGUUACUGAAAGACGGCGAGGCUGAGCCGGUGGUUUAUGAGAAGACGUGGGAGGAGGGGAAGGAUGAUCCUUGGUUGGUCUUUCAUACUUCGGGCACGACGGGAAACCCAAAGCCAAUAACCUACACGCAUCGGAUGAUGGCUGGUGUCGAUACCGCGGCGUCGUUGCCUGAUAUCGAACAAACUCAUAUCCAUCAAUAUGCUCGGCGGAGAUGGUAUACGCCUUUACCGUCGCUACAUUUCGUAGGCAUGCUGAUGAGCCUCGCCAUGACCAGCUUCAUGCAUAUGACAUCUGUCAUCGGCCCUCCAUCACCUCCAACUCCUGAUCUUCUUAUCCAAACCUUCCGCCACGGCAAGAUCGACGGCGCUCUUCUUAUGCCCUCCCUCAUUGACGCACUCUGCCUGCUACCUGAAGGUCGCGAAUCGCUCUGCGAACUCAAAUUCAUCCACUACGCUGGGGCUCCGCUCUCCAGCAAAUCGGGCGAUCUCUUAGCACCUCAUACGCAAGUGGUCCCGUGCGUCGGCAGCACCGAAGCGGGCGGCUACUUCACCACCAUCCACGACAAAAAGGAUGCAUGGGAUUACCUCUCGUUCCAGAAACACUCCGGCGCUGAAUUCCGCCACCGUAUGGAUGCUCUCCACGAGCUCGUCUUCGUGCGUCGUCCCGAAUGCGCCAUGCAGCAAAUCUUCAGCGUCUAUCCGGACCGCGACACGUUUGAAACUAAGGACCUGUGGACGGAGCACCCGAAGUACAAGGGUCUCUGGACCAUCAUCGGCCGUGAUGAUGACUAUGUUUACCUAGCCCACGGUGACGGACUUCACGCUUCGCUUCUGGAGCCGGAAAUCAUUGCCCAUCCCAGGGUCAAGACGGCCAUCAUUGGUGGGCAUAGCCGCCCAGCGCCUGUUCUUCUAGUCGAGUUGGUUCCCGGCGCAGAGGAAGGCCCGGCUCUGGUGGAGAGUCUGCAGCCGUAUAUCGAGAAGGUCAAUUCGCAGUGCCAUGACUGCGUGAAGCUGUCUUCGCAACGGUUGAUCUUUGCCAAGGCGGAUAAGCCGUUUAUUUCCACAGUCAAGGGGAGCACAGCGAGGCUGCAGACGUUGGCACUAUAUGAGAAAGAGAUUGCGGCUUUGUUUAACUAG